UUUAAUAACAAAUGUUUUGAUAGCCAACUCCUUCAGUCGCAUCGGAUGCAAAAGGAGCUACUCGCCGUGGCCUCACAUAUUUUUACUAAACACGUGAAAAAAUAUAGAUUAAAAAAAAAAUGUGUGGGUUGAUGUGUUGUGGGGUUACUACGACCGUGAUAGGAGCAAUACUAGUGUUCGGUACGGCUUUCCUCGGGUAUUCUAUUAUCCCGGAUGUGGUCGAAAAUCAAAUUAUUGAGGAGGUGAUCCUCCUAAACGACACGGAAGCCAUAGAGCGGUUCGAGGAUGUGCCCUUCGCCCUGAACUUCACGGUGAGGCUGUUCAACGUCACCAACCCUGACUCGGUAGCCAUGGGAGCCGUGCCGAUCCUGAGGGAAGUGGGGCCUUAUAUAUACAGGUUGCGACAAAGAAGACUGAUAGAAGAAUUUGGAGAAGACCACCUGGUGUACCGGAGACUGGACGUGUUCGAAUUCAACGCCGAAGCCUCGUACCCCAACACAGAAGACGAUGUUCUGACCAUCGUUAAUGUUCCGUUCCACGCCGUCUUGAACGCUGUCGAAGAAAUAUCUCCAGCCCUUAUGCCUACCGUCAACCUUGGUCUGAACGGUAUAUUUGGACCCAACACCGGACCUUUGGCCAACAUCAGAGUGAGGGAUUUGCUUUUCGACGGGAUCCCUUUAUGCGAAAACGCUGUCCUGGUCAGCGCAGUGGCAUGUAACGUCAUCAGAUCUAUGAGCUCUGAUCUCCAGAACAUGGAACUUCAAGCCGAUAAUUCCCUUAGGUUCUCUUUACUGGCUUAUCGUAACGGCUCACUAGGCGAACGCUACAACGUGUCACGAGGGUCUGAGGACAUAGAAGACCUUGGCCGGAUCAGCAUGUACUCCGGCCAGACCUACCUUAGUUACUGGCCCAACCUGAAGGAUGGCGAGUUAAGCAACUGCAACCUCAUCAACGGAACGGAUUCGGGAAUUUAUAACCCGUUCCUGGACCUCAAUAGGCCGCUGUACGCCUUGAACCCAGACAUUUGCAGGUCAGUGGAGCUUCGUUACCAACACGACGUGGAGUAUGAAGGUCUACCAGGCGUCAAGUUUGCAGCGAACGAGUGGAUGUUUGGCAAUGAUGACGGUUGCUUCUGCCUCAACGUCACCCAGGGUCUGAAGAGAGAAGACGGCUGCAUGUACAGGGGAGCCAUCGAACUCUUCUCGUGUGUCGGUGCUCACUUGGUGCUGUCCUACCCCCACUUUCUUUUUGCGGAUCCGGAAUAUGUCAACGGGGUAAUCGGAGUGACACCGAACCCAGAAAUACAUAGGAUAUUUCUCGACUUAGAGCCAAACACUGGCAUCGUGCUGAGAGGCGCCAAGCGGGCGCAGUUCAAUAUCUUCAUGCGACCACUUCCGGGUAUACCCACCACGAGCAACUUGCGCACCACUCUCACGCCCAUCUUCUGGAUUGAGGAGAGCAUAUUACUACCAGAAGAAUACGUGGACAGACUAUCGACCACACUUAUCUCAACGUUGAACUUACUCCAAAUACUUAUCCCAGUCCUUGUAGCGGUCAGCUGCGUAGUUUUUGUGGUGGGCGUCGUGUUGAUAGCCACGUCGAGAUUAAAGAGGAGACCGAACCAGCACAGCGCCUUGUCCUCAGCACAACCAAGCAAAUCAUCGGAUAAAUAAAUAUUUUGUCGUUAUAA